GUGGCUGCGAAAUUGAUGCACCGUCUUUCAACUUUCUUAUUGGUUUCAGUUGUUUUCCAUUACUUUUUUUCCUUCCUUUCAACUCUGCCAUUUGGAGCUUGUGAAUGUUGGGAGUUCUGCUACUUAUCCCCUUUCUUGCUUGCCAGCCGAUUGCACCUCAACAAGAAGGCAACGGACAAACAGCCAUAUAGCAAGCUCCCAGGCGUGUCUCUUCUAAAACCACUGAAAGGAGUGGAUCCCAACCUCAUCAACAACUUGGAAACGUUCUUUGAGUUGGAUUAUCCCAAAUAUGAAGUACUCCUUUGUGUACAAGAUCAUGACGACCCAGCUAUUGAUGUAUGUAAGAAGCUUCUUGGAAAAUAUCCAAAUGUCGAUGCCAGAUUGUUUAUAGGUGGCAAAAAGGUUGGCAUUAAUCCUAAAAUUAAUAAUCUAAUGCCAGGAUAUGAAGUUGCAAAGUAUGAUCUUAUCUGGAUUUGUGAUAGUGGAAUAAGAGUGCUUCCGGACACACUCACUGACAUGGUCAACCAGAUGACAGAGAAGGUAGGCCUGGUUCACGGGCUGCCGUAUGUGGCGGACAGACAGGGCUUCGCCGCUACCUUAGAACAGGUAUAUUUUGGAACUUCUCAUCCAAGGUCCUAUAUCUCUGCCAAUGUGACUGGUUUCAAAUGUGUGACAGGAAUGUCGUGUUUAAUGAGAAAGGAUGUGUUAGAUCAAGCAGGAGGGCUUAUAGCUUUUGCUCAAUACAUUGCUGAAGAUUACUUUAUGGCCAAAGCAAUAGCUGACCGAGGUUGGAGGUUUGCGAUGUCCACUCAAGUUGCCAUGCAAAACUCUGGCUCGUACUCAAUUUCUCAGUUUCAAUCCAGAAUGAUCAGGUGGACCAAAUUACGAAUUAACAUGCUUCCUGCUACAAUAAUUUGUGAGCCAAUUUCAGAAUGCUUUGUUGCCAGUUUAAUUAUCGGAUGGGCAGCCCACCAUGUAUUCAGAUGGGAUAUUAUGGUAUUUUUCAUGUGUCAUUGCCUGGCAUGGUUUAUAUUUGACUACAUUCAACUCAGGGGUGUCCAGGGUGGCACACUGUGUUUUUCAAAACUUGAUUAUGCAGUAGCUUGGUUCAUCCGGGAAUCCAUGACAAUAUACAUCUUUCUGUCGGCCUUAUGGGACCCCACGAUAAGCUGGAGAACUGGCCGAUACAGGUUGCGCUGUGGGGGCACCGCAGAGGAAAUCCUAGAUGUAUAACUACAGCUUUGUGACUGUACAUACGGGGAAAAAAGAAGUAUUAUAAAUUAUGUUUAUAUAAAUGCUUUUAAAGAUCUACCUUCAGUAGUUUUAUCACAUGUUUUGGUAUCUGUUCUUUAAUUUAUUUUGCAUGGCACUUGCAUCUGUGAAAAAAAAAAAAAAGAAAAGAAAAAGAAACACACCUGUAGUCUUGGCCAAAUGGUAUACUUUAUUUUGUGGAAGUGGAGAAUCAAGAGAACUGGUUCUAGGAAACUGGGGUUUUUUGUUGUUUAUUUGUUUGUUUAAAAAAAUAUAUAUAUAUGUAUAUAUAUGUUUAUAUAUAUGUAUAUGUAUAUAAGUGUGUGCGUGCAUGUGUGCGUGUGCUCUGCAGCAAACACUGACAGUACCCUUCAGAAGAGAAAGUUUCUUAUUUGUGAGUACACUCUUAGAACAUCGAUGGGAUGGCAGCAGCUUUGUUUCGGCAUUUAGAAGAGACUAGAAGGUAAUCACUGUCCCGUCUCAGGUGAACGGUAUUACGCAGUGAGCAGCCCUCGGUGAGGUACGAACGGGGAAACCUCUUCAUGCUUUAUGCCUACCUCUCGCAGUUGUUGCAGAGCGGAUACACGUCGUGACAGUAGCUAGGCUUUGCGAAAACAAACGGAAAAACUUAAAAAAAAAAUAAUAAUGAAAGAGCUGAAGUCUAGUAUUUCUAUGAAUCUGUGAGAGAGAGAUUUUUGGUCUCACUUUAAUGAACCCAAAGUGGUUGAGUUUGGUUUUUAAUCAUAACCAUGUCUCGAAGGCAUCUCUUUGACCAACUCUUGUUGGUUCUGUCUCGAACCAUUGUUAAUCACUGUGCUGGUAAACCUUCCCUUCCCUUCUCCUCCCCUGACCCGCCCCAACUUCCUUAAAUUUUUUGGGGGGGAGUGCUUGGGGGUUUGUUUUAGUGUGAGUGGAUGUUUUGAUAGUUGUGAGGAAAAUGCAUUUCAGACACAUUUCACACGAGCUAUUUUCUUACACAGUAUGUCUUAUCGUUAAAAAAGGAUGUAAUUACAGGUAUUUAAAUAUCUUUUUUUAAGUAAGUGAAUAUUCUAGCCAUCAAUAAAGAAAUUGCAGUAGGUUACUAAGAGGGGACAGGAUGAGUUUUACUCUGAAAAUUAAUCAUUAUCAACUAAGUCUACUGUGUGUGUGUGUGUUUUCGUUUCGUUUUUGUUUAUUUGUUUGUUUUUUACUAUUACAUUAGUCUGGUCUUAUUUAAAUUGGGUUUUUGUAUUCCAGUUUGUAUGACCUAAUAGACUAGAGCAGUGCUGCUUGUAAAUGCUGUAUUUCCCUUCCCUCCCAUCAUGCCGCCGAACUUGCUUGUCAGGUUGUGCUUAUUACCUUGUGGUGAACUGGACUUUUGUGUUUUAUUGUUUUAAAUAGGCAAAUAUGUAAGGGACAGUGCAUAAGCCUUUCUUUUUCCUUUUUUUUUUUUUUUUUGGUAGUGGCACUUUUGCUUUACCCUCAGGACGGGAUGGCAUGUGUCCAUGUGAACGCCUGCUGCGGGCUGACGCGGGCAACGCCGCAGCUUGUCCUCCGGCUGCGGCGUUUCCCCGGCAACCCGCACCGUUAGCAUCUUAGCAAUAACUACAGUUCCUAGAACACGAACACUUUCUCACUGCACUGAGCCAAUUCAUUGAAUUGCCCCUCGACUAUCUACAUGGUUUCAAUUGUAGCAUAUCUAUACAUGUGUGUGUGCGGUGUGUACACAUUCUGUAGAAGCCUUUCUCUGGGCCAACCGCCUUCAUUCUCUUUGGUUUGUUUGUUUUUCUUUUGCCUGAUGAUGAGUUUGUUUGAAGGGCAUCUUCUUCAUGAACAAAGGCUUGGAUGCGGAUCCCUUCCUAUGUGAAAUGGGUAGCAUUGUUCCCUGAGGAAAAGCCGCACGGUGAAAACCAGUCUAGUUGUGACCCACCCUGUGUUUAUGUUUUUAAAUCACUAUGAGACAAGUUGAAUUUUGCUGACCAUGUCUGUAACUUUUCGUCGGGUUAACGAAGUUUGGUUGAUGCCAUCCUUUGCACUGCUGAAGUGAAAUCAUGCUCAUCACUUAGCUUCUCGUGGAGCUCAGCAUGGGCAAGGGAACAACACCGAAAUGGCUGGACAGACUUUUUGUGUUCUGUAAAUAUAAAAUGUGACUGUUCUGUAUGUGUGUUCCGUGUGGGAGUGCAGGAUUUCCUUAAGCCUUGCCGGAGCAGACAGAGUGACUUUUUUGUGUGUCUAGCAAGUUUAGAGUGAUGAUAAAAUCGUAAGAAAUAAUAUACAUGUUGAAGAAAGUACCACAGCAGAACUGUAGACGUCCAAAUUUAGUUAACUGUCUUUUAAAAGUAUCUAGAGUAUGCCAUGUUUUAUUAUUUAAAAUC